AUGGACAGCUCGCCACCAGUCAAAAAUGUUCCAAAGCCGCGAAAAAAACAAGUGAAAGCAAUCAACCCUCUGUAUUCUACCUUGGAAGAUGUUUUCAUCCGGAAGUUCAAUGCUUAUUUUGAAGAUAAACUUGGCGACUGUGCCUCCUUCACGCCGGACUGUAUCUUUGGCAAACGACAUUCAGACAGGAUUGUAGAAAGCUUGGACGAUAUCGAAAGUCUAACUGAUCUCUCAAAAGUACUCGGUGGGGAGAGCCUUGAUGGGUUGUUGGAAUUGCUGUAUGGAAUAAUCGUUGAAUUUCGAGAAGGAGUCGACUUUCAGAACUACUUACAAAGCCAGAAGCAAUACGACAAUGACGUUGAAAGUAACAUGAACAGGCUGAAUGAAGAGAUUGCAGCUCGGGCUGCAGAGCAGACACGACUAGAAGCGGAGGCUGCUGAUAGGGUUAACACCAAGAGAAAACAAACCGAACUGUUCAAAGAGGCAGAGAUAGAAAGGAAGAAGAAAAAACUUGAAGAAGAUCAGCGAUGUUUGAACAUAUUCAAGAGAGCGGCCUAUGAACCAUCGGAAGAAAACGAGCAAGCUAGAAGAAAAUGUCUGAACAAACCAUUGGAAGACACCAAAAAAGAUCGAACCCAAACUCAAGCCUCAAACGACCCCAUACUUGAACCAUUGCUUGACUCUGCAGCACCAUCAUUUUCACCAACAUCCCCAGGAUCCGAAGUUUCCUGA